AUGUGCCAAGGAGAUUGCUGCAAUGAGUUUGCCUCAAACCCCCAGGUGCAGCUCCUAUACGUUAUAGUGGCCAUCAUUUAUGCUUUAGCGUCCUUUGGGGCCGGCAUCGUGUUUAUCGUUGAAGAAGGAGAUCUCUUGGCUCUGGAAUGGUUGAUCGGGAUUGUCGGCUUGCUAGUCCUGGUGACAUGGAUCAUCAUGCUCUCCUCCAGAUGCUGCGCCCCGUGCUGCUGUCGAGAGAAGAUGCCAGACGUCCCCCAAGCAUGCCCACCUGGUGAAUGCAGUUGUCAAAAUGUGGCACUCUUGGACUAUCCCUUCCACAUUGCCGUAGCCGGAGACCUGGCAACCACCCUUCUGCUGAAUAUCUUUGAGGGCUUAACACUCGAUAGCUUGCGGGGCUUGCGGCUGGUGGUCAUUGGAUGGGCCAUCCUAGUUUGCGUCAGUGCGUGCACGGGUUUCCGCAAGUUUGUGAUUCUGAAUGAGCAGCGUGCCAUGCGCCCUGCCCCCACGCAUCCGGGAGCAAUGGUGGUGGGCACGCCUGGCGGCCAGGGAGCGGUGGUGGGAGCACCUGUGCAGGUACCAGGCAAACUUGUAACGUAA